UCCUCCUGGACCUGGUCUGUCACUCUGAUCCAUUCACUCGAUAAUCAUCCGACUCCGGCUGAUCGAUUUCUCUGCGAGCGGCUCGUCAGCUCUGACUCCAGGCAGUUAGCCACAGUUAGCUGCAGCGCGCUACAUCCAGACAGCUCCAGCCAUGGCAGACCCGAGAAUACGGCAGAUUAAGAUUAAGACCGGCAUCGUGAAGAGGCUGGCGAAAGAGGAGAUAUCGUACAAAACGGAGGCGAAGCAGCAGGAGGAGAAGGUCGAGCGCCUGAAAGCGGAGGCAGGAGAUGAAUAUGUCAUCAAGAAACAGAUGGAGGUGUUGCAGGAGUCCAGAAUGAUGAUCCCAGACUGCCACCGCCGUCUGGCCAUAGCACACGCAGAUCUGCUCCAGUUAUUAGAAACAGAGGAGGAUCUGGCCGAAUCAGAGGAGUACAAAGAGGCUCGAAACAUGUUGGACUCGGUGAAGCUUGAAGGAUGAUUUCUGUUCCCACUGUGAGAUCCGCUCACUUUAAAUGUCCAUUCCUUUUUUUUUUUAUUUUACAAAGCGCGGAGGCGAACUGAAUCCAUUCAAAGUCUUUCUUGUUUUUCUUGAUGUGAUUAUUUCUACUGUUAACGUGCCACCCACAUCUCGAUCACGCCUCUCUCCUGCACGCGUGUGUGUGUCUGCAAAAUCCCACGAGAAGACGAUAAAAACAUUCGGUUUGAUUACAGUAGAGGAGAGGAAGGUUUUAUCCGUCACACAGAUACACAGCCUGGACUUCACAGACAUGAUUAAACACAUUUGUUGUCUUAUUCUAACCAUGACUGUUAAUGGCACUGGAUUGAUUUGAAGCCUUUACACUGGAACGAACAAAAUGUUUUGAGACGCUCCAGUGUUUUAUGAAGUAACCGUUCUUAAAAUUCAUUUUGUAUUUCUUUUUUUUUUGUGUACACGAGUUAAUUAAGCCCACAGGAACUUUUAUUGCCUCUAAUUCUUUGAUUGUGACUCAUCCCAGAGCUGCAGGUAACAAUUCUUUGCAUUUUCUUUUUUGGAUUGAUCGUCAGAGGUUUGUAAAAGUGAAAGUUCUCUCAAAUAUAUUCAACUUUAAUGAUGCAAAACAGCCGAAAAAGCUGCAUAUAAUCACAUUCGGUGUUGGUAAAUACUUCACCGAUUAACCACGUUUGGCAUGUUUACUUAUUUAAGAGAGAAAGAAAUGUGGAUUGUGAUUUUCUUUCCAUCGACUAAUUGAUUAAUAAACUGAUGGUUUCAGCACUAA